AUGCCGACUCUGGGAACUCCUACAGCAAAUUACCGUCUCAGAGUAACCGCAGGACCUAGCUACGACCUCAAGACACACCGAACUGUACCCGUCAAUGCAGAAGAAACCCUAUGCAUUGAAAAUGAGCAAGCCAUUUCUUAUCUCUGCGUGCGUGUCCAAGACUACACCGGUCUCCCAAACAACUCCCCCAAAACAAGCCCCUACUUCACCCACCCGCUCCACGAGUUUGACCAAUACUCUAUCUCCUUCAUCCUCAUCCCCAAACAAGACAUAAGCGGCAAUGACCUCAUGUUCGGCAACGACUUCAACCGACCCAUUCGGGACAGCAUACCCCCUGGGUUCAACACCGCUUUGCGGAUAGUGAAAUGGGCUAUUGAUCCGGGUUUGGAUGGGGAUCCGUAUGCCGAUAAGCCGUAUUUGUAUAGUCCCGGACUGGCGUCUUGGAAUUAUUUCCGGAUUGGGGAGAAGGUUGACCCAAAGGAGGAGAAGGAAGGGAAUAGGCAUGAGAAGAUUGCUGUUGUCGAGGAAGGGGGUGAGGGGAGUGGGAAGGAAGAAAGGGAGAAGUUACAGAUUCCGGAUGAUAUUGCUCAAAGAAAGAAAUAUUUUCUGGAUGAGAAUAAGAGGAACGAGUUUGUGUUUGAGAAGGGGAGGCAGUAUUUGGUUGAUUUUGGCAAUCCGUAUUUGGGGUUUAAUGACUUCACCCUCCGUCUCCCCGGAUUCCAUCUCCAUGUCGCAAAAUAUAUAGACGCGCGAAAGCACAAGCUACGAUAUACGCUCACAAAUAAGAAAUUAGACAGGGAAGUCCUCGUGAUUUUGUUCACUUUGCUGGUGGAAGGCUCGGACGAGGAGAUUGUGGAACGAGAUUCAUCUGCUAGUGAGGGAGAAUAA